AUGACGAGAACGGCACUUGAGCUGUUGGCACCUGGAGAAUCAGCUGAAGAAAAGCUGGAUUUAUGGGGUCGCUUCUUCCAACUACGACACGCAUCCUCCCCUAUAGCUACCAUGGCAGGCCAAUUGUCCAUAUGGGCGAAAUUGUCCCAGUCUUACGCAACCUACCAUGUCUUCCACAUCCUAUUCAUCAUCAUGUUGAUUUAUAUGAGUUUCGUGCCCUACAUUAACGAAGAAGCUACAAAUGUGAAAAAGGCCAUGAAUUCCACGUGUCAGUCAGUUCAGGACGCGACGAAUGCACUAUAUGCCAUCCCAAAUUCCACCGUGACUGCUAUCAAUGAGGCUACCACCACUGCUGUAAACUCUCUCAUCGAACAUACAUCUCAAGGACUCAUUGCUGCUGUGCACAUAAUCACGCUUAUUAUUGAUUUCUUUAUACGUCGAUACGCCAAAGUUUUGGUCUGUGUCAUGGAUUUGGUCAUUCAAGGAAGUCUUGGAAGUGUCUCUUUCUAUUCUACCGAAAUUGUAGACUAUUUGAAUCAGGCUGCAUCCAACAUGAACUCCGGAAUCAAUACUUUUGUAAAUGGAAUUACGACAUUCGGCGGUCUAAUCCCUGCCGACCCAUCCGCCCUUCAAUACCAAGUCAACAACCUUGUACCCAAUAUUCCUCAAGACUUUGUUACGGUACUCCAGAAUCUCAAUGGACAAGUACCUACUCUUGUCGAACUGGAGCAGCACCUGGAAGUCCUUAUUAAUAAGCCUUUUGAAAUGAUUGAAUCACUCAUCGCACAGCAAUUCGAUGGUGCCAAAGUACAAGCAAAUGUCUUCCCUACGCCUCCUCCACCAUUGACUGUAAACUUUUGUGAUGGAAUGGACACGAGUUUUAUCGACACUAUUGUAGCAGCUAUCAACAAGGGAUUGUGGUAUGUCACGGUCAUACUGAUUCUACUAAUGGUUGCUUGUGUGCUACUCAAUGCCGUCUGGAUCAUCAUUCAACAUCGACACUACCAAAACCGCUUCAGCAGUGUGAAGUCCGUCAUGCAUCACUCCAUGGAUGUGCAUCUCAAACGAAUGGGCACAACGCCAAACUUUGAUGAUCCCGACCAACAAGUCACUGAGCAUAGUAAUGAGAUCAUUGAAGAAGACGACCUAGCUCAUCGUGUAUUAUUCGCCACCAUCCAUCCAAGGAUUGCUAAAUGGUUGACAUACUGCUCAUCACGACUAUCCGAAAAAGCACAACAUCGAAUCACUUGGUUUGUCUCAUACGUCUACCAUCCUACGUCCUUGACUUGUCUCUCUAUUGGCCUAAUGGGAUUAUUGGCCACUUCCUUGUUACUCAGUAAUCUGGCUGCAGUUCGUGCUACUGCUACUGCGGACGCUACUACAGGUUUUGGAUUGGUGCUUGACGUUGUAGUCGAUAAAGUGAAUGCCAGUAUCAUGGAAACUGCAUUAAACUAUGCCACAUUGACCAACAAUGCCAUUUCGUCUAUGGAACUUAACGCCAACAAUGUCUUGUUUGGAUGGGUCGACUCUACAGCGUCUACCGUCAACAGCACUAUUGGAACUGUAGCCAACGGAUUCACGUCAGCCAUUAUCGAACCAUUAAGUGGUGUACCUCCAAUCCAAACCGCCGUACAAGCAUUCGUCGACUGUCUGUUAUUCAACAUUAUCGCAGACUUUCAAGAUGCCCUCACCUUUUUACAAACCAAUCUCCAUAUAUCCAUACCACUCAUCGACGAGCACGCGCUUGCCGUUGAACCAACCGUGAUUCGCAGCAGUGUCAUGUCUGCAAUGGCAAAUAAUAAGAAAGUGGAAGCUGUCGUCGAAGAAUUCUUCGACGCUAUACAAGGUGAAUUGAAACGUCAUCAAUGGAUGUUUGGUGUCCUGACUGCCUUCGGAAGUGCUAUUAUUGUCUUUGGGUUUAUUCAGCUCCUCUUGUGGAUACUCUGGGAAGAUGUGAUUUCUAUAUGUUGGGGACGUUAUAAAUCAGGUCGUGAAGCGAAAGGAUUACCUGUAUUCAGUCUCCCGAAUGUUAAGGAUAUGCAUAUGCUGAAUAUGCGAAGAAUGCCUAAUAUGCCUCGAAUCAGCAUCCCAAAAAUCAACAUGCCAAAUAUGAAGGACAUCCAUAUCCCACGAUCAACGAUUCCAAAUAUGCCAAACAUGCCGAAAUUCCCAUCCCGACCAAAUCUAGAUUUCAGACGUCGAUCCAUGCCAGCUAAAGGAUAUAAAAAGUACUCAAACUUUUCAGAAUCAGAUCCCAACAUCAUGGCCACCGCCGACUAUGCAUCCCCUACAUCACCUGCCACCGAGGACGUCGCAACAAUCGUAGCUCGUCUUCAAGCCAAUGCUAGCAAUGUUAAGUUUCCACCGGUACACGAAGAGGAAUCCAACAACUAUCAUAUCGCUCCUCCAGUACCUGCUAGACCUUGA